AUGGAUGCCGCCAUGAUGGAAACAUCCCUAUCAAUCCCACUGCCCCCUGCGGUUGAGAAGGCGCUUCAAGGGGCCGCAAUGCCUCGCGGGAGAUGUAGUCUUCUUUCUCUCUUUUCCAACAUGGAAGCUGCCGCAAGAAGUAAGCAUGGUUCCGAUUCAGAAGAGGACAGAGACUCGAAUAAUGACUUUGAAACUUCGCAGUUAGGAACCAAGGAAUAUUGGGAAGAUACAUAUCAAAAAGACCUGGAAACAUUCAAAGACAUUGGGGACGUGGGUGAGAUAUGGUUUGGUAAGGAAAGCAUGAGCCGUGUGCUAAGGUGGAUGGACAACGCUACUAUUCCGGAAAAGGCUGCCAUUCUGGACAUUGGCACAGGAAAUGGAGCCUUUUUAGUUGAACUGGCUAAACAUGGAUACAAGAAUUUAACAGGAAUAGAUUAUUCCCCAGCUUCUGUGGAAUUGGCAAAAUGUGUUCUUCAGGCAGAGGGCUUGACACAUGUCAACGUUAAGGAGGAGGACUUCUGUCGAGGGGGCCUCGAGGGUUACGACGUGUGCGUCGACAAAGGGACGUUUGACGCCAUCAGCCUGAAUCCUGACAAUACCAGUGAGGUGAAAAGACUUUACGUGGAAGCUUUAAAAGGCUCCCUCACGGAUCAAGGCCUCUUCUUUAUUACCUCCUGCAACUGGACUAAAGAACAGCUGCUUGAGAGAUUCAAUGAAGGGUUUGAAUUCGUUCAAGAGUUGCCGACACCCACUUUCCAGUUUGGAGGCAAGAAGGGAAACAGCGUGACUGCACUGAUAUUCAAACGAGUACGGUGAUGGAGGCAACAGUGUUUUGCACUUUUUUUGUAUCUAUAUGUGCGUAAAAUAUAUUUUUUAAACUAAA